AUGGCAGAAUCUCUUGUCUUCAGUCUCGCCGAGUCAUUCAUCAGUAAGCUUGCUUCUCGUGCCGUUGAAGAAACUUCCCUAGCGUUGGGUGUCUACAACCAUCUGCGAGAGAUAAAAGACACCGUCUCUCUUAUCAAAGCUGUAUUGCUGGAUGCCGAUCAAAAACAACGGCAUAACCACGAGCUCCGUGAAUGGCUACGACAGAUCAAGCAUGUCUUCUCCAACGCCGAAGAUGUAAUCGACGAUUUCGAGUGCGAGGCUUUGAGGAAGCGUGUGGUCAACUCUUCAGGUACCGUCACUAGGAAGGUACGACGUUUCUUCUCAAGUUCAAAUCCUCUUGUUUAUCGCCUUAAGAUGGCACAUAAUAUCAAACAUAUCAAAGAGAGAUUCGAUAAGGUUGCUUCUGAUAGGGUUAAGUUUGGUCUUCAGAUCAAUGAUAGUGAUAACCGUCUUGUAAAAAGGCGGGAGUUAACUCAUUCCCACGUAGUAGAUUCAGAUGUAAUAGGAAGAGAUUACGAUAAACAAAAAAUCAUUGAUCUCUUGUUGCAAGGUGAUAAAGGUGUUUCUGUUAUUCCUAUUGUUGGAAUUGGAGGCUUGGGAAAGACUACUCUUGCAAAGGCGGUAUUCAAUGAUAAAAGUGUAGAUGAGUCUUUUUCGUUGAAGAUUUGGGUAUGUGUGUCUGAUGAUUUUGAACUUGAGCAUUUACUUGUUAAAAUUCUCAAUUCAGCUAGUGUUAGUGAUUCUGCUACUAACUUAACUCACAAAGAGAACUUUAGAAACCUUGAUAUAGAGCAGCUACAACAUCAUUUGCGAAACACAGUUGGUGGUAAAAAAAUCUUGCUCGUCUUGGACGAUGUAUGGAACGAAGAUCGUGUCAAAUGGGUUGAGUUGAAUAAUUUAAUCCAAUUUGGGGAUGAUGGAAGUAAAGUUUUAGUGACUACGCGUAGCCAUGCAAUCGCUAAAAUGAUGAGCACUAACACAACUUACAUUUUGCAAGGUCUUUCUAGCAAGGACUCACUGUCUGUAUUUGUCUACUGGGCCUUUAAAGAUGGAGAGGACACAAAUUAUCCAGAGUUGAUGAAGAUUGGGAAAGAAAUUGUACAAAAAUGUGGAGGAAUUCCUUUGGCUCUAAGAACAUUGGGGAGUUCAUUGUUCUUAAAAAUUGAUAUACAAGAGUGGAAGUUUGUUAGGGACAAUGAGAUUUGGAGUUUACCACAAAAAGAAGAUACAAUUUUGCCUGCUAUCAAACUAAGUUAUGACCAAUUACCUUCUUAUUUAAAACAAUGUUUUUCUUGCUUCUGUCUUUUUGAAAAGGACUUCCAUUUCUUAAAUAUUCAUCUUACUGGCUUUUGGGAGGCACUUGGUUUUCUUCCAUCACCAAAUAGGGGGGAAUCCGUGGAAGAUGUUAGCAAUCGCAUUUUGCACGAACUUUGGUCAAGAUCCUUUCUUCAAGACUUUGUAGUCCUCGGCAGUUCAUGUAAGUUUAAGUUGCAUGAUUUAGUGCACGAUCUUGCUUUGUAUGUUGCAAAACAUGAGUUUCAAUUGGUGAAAUUUCAUAAUGAAAAUGUACUCGAGAAUGUCCUCCAUUUGUCAUUUUUUGAAAAUGAUUUGCUUGGCCCAACACCAAUGCCCACUAGAUUGAGAACCAUAGUUUUUCCUAUAGAAGCCAACAAUGAAGCUUUCUUGAAUACUUUGACAUCAAGGUGUAAAUUCUUGCGGAUUUUGAAGCUAACUGAUUCUACAUAUGAGAGUUUGCCCGGCUCCAUUGGUAAAUUAAAACAUUUGAGAUAUCUCAAUUUGGCGCGUAAUAAAGAAUUGAAGAGCCUCCCUAAUUCAAUUUGCAAACUCCAGAAUUUGAUAACUUUGAAGCUCGGUGGAUGCACAAAACUUGAAAUAUUACCCAAUGGAAUAGGGAAUUUGAUCAGCCUUAGACAGUUAUCGAUAACCACAAAGCAGUCUAAUUUUCCAAACAAAGAGAUUUCAAAAUUGGCUAAUUUAGAAUCGCUAUCUAUCUCUUCUUGUGACAAUUUGGAGUCACUGUUUCAAGGAAUCCAGCUUCCCCGUCUUAAAUUUUUGAAUAUUUCUUUGUGUGAGAAUCUUAAGUCUCUUCCACUUCAUGCUAUUGUCAACCUAGAGACUUUGUUGAUUGAUAAUUGCAAUAAGUUGAAUUUGUCAUUUGACCAUGACAAUGAAAUCUCCAAUCUAAGGUCGAAGUUGCUAUGUCUUGAUUCUUUGCCUCAACUGGUUAGUAGUAUUCCACAAUGGUUGCGAGGAUGUGCAAACACAUUACACACUUUGAAAAUCGAUAACUGCGAGAAUUUAUAUAAACUUCAUGAGUGGUCAUUGACUCUGGUUUGUCUUAAUAUACUUGUGAUUAGAAACUGUUCUAAACUGGUUUCGCUCACUGAUGAUACAUGUUUCCUUCCAAACCUUGAAGUUUUAGGAAUUGUAGGUUCUCCUGAAUUACUUGGAAGAUAUCAGCCAGGAGUUGGAUGUGAUUGGCACAAGAUAUCACAUAUUAAACAAGUGUACAUUGAAUAA